AAGUCAUAGAUCUUUCAGUAAAUUGUUUUUAGCGACAGAAAGUCGGGGUUUUAUUUAUUUUAGAGUUGGAAUAUCGAUAAGAGCCUUUGAGUGUGUUUAUGUAAUCUAACAAGUGUUCUUAUUGCUGACAUAAGUAUUUUCUAUGAGAACGGGUUUUCGCUGUGACUACAUCCAAGUAAGCAUUAUUUUGGUGAGAAAAAUAGGUGGAGUGAAAUAUUGAGGUCUCUUUGUGUAUUCUUUUAAUUUAUUGGAUGAGCGUUUUUUGGUAUACGCCAAAGAGAUUACCCUGGUGCGUAAUUAGCAACUUGUUAUUGGUUGAGAUUUGAUUGAUUGAGUGUUUUGGAUCUGAUGUUGGUAGAAUGGGAGGUAACUUCUUUUUUUUAAAGAGGGAACCCAAGUUUGAGGAGAUCGAGUUAGUCAGUUCAGUUUUGUAAGAGAGUUCUGUUGGAGGAGUUCCAUUAGGGCAGCCAUCAAGUUAAGUUUUGUCUGGCAGAGAGAAAAGUUGCCGGUGCCUCGGGCCGCCAAUAUGCGAUUACCGGCAAAGUUAGUAGUGAAGUUCCAGUUAAGUUUUUUUUGCAAUUGUAUUGCAGAAGUAAUUGUGUUUAGUUAGUGUUUACUCCAUCAUGGCUUAAACAAUCUACAGACCACCGCGUUUUCACCGUUUUAAGCAAACGCGAUAUCUUUGUACUAGUGUUAGUACCACCGUUCUUUACAAGCAAGUAGAAGUUAAGAAGUUUUCUUUUUGUGUUUUCAACACCCUAGUUAAAGCACGGAGUUGCUUUCAUUUUAGUAUUUUUGAUCCAGUUUAAUGAACUAGAAAACAAAUCAUUUUAAAUAUUUUUGUUCGAGUACCUAAGUGCUAAUUUAUUUAGACAAUGCUGAAUUUUUCUAUAUAAAUUUUUCUUAUGAACUAUGGUUUCAUGAAAUAUGUACUGUUGCUGUAUCUAUUAAUAUUGUGAAGUGACUUUUGUGCAGUGAUAUCGCGUCUUGGACUUAACAGCAACCACAAAAAGAUUCAAGGACAAUGAUUACAAGGUAUUUUUUUAUGUAGAACUUUUCUUUCAUUUAUUUGUUUGGUAAUCUCGAUCUCAAUUUGUAACACCGUCAGAUCACAGAUUCAUCAUUUCGUUUUUGAUUUAAAAAAUAAUGUUUUAUUUGCUAAUUACCAUCUUAUUUUUUCUCUUUUCCUUUCUCCCUUGUAUCGAAAAAACAAUAAAGAAUUUGCUGAGUAUAGUAUCGAGUAGACAAGAAUACUUGGACAUAAUUUCAAAUAUUUUUAAAGCACAUGGAAAUAUAACAAAAAUUUACAGAGGACCUUUAUCAACAAUGGUGUUAGCUGCAGACGAAGCUUUUCUUGAAUAUAUUUUGAGUUCCAACAAAAUUAUUAACAAAACUAAAGAGUACAAAUACUUAGAGAAUUGGUUGGGAACAGGACUAGUAACUAGUGGAGGUCAAAAAUGGAAAACACGCAGAAAAAUGAUAACACCAGCAUUUCAUUUUUCUAUUUUAGAAAACUUUGUUGGCGUUUUCGAAGAGGUAGGACAAGAAUUUAUAAAAAAGUUGUCAAGUAAUGUUAAUAAGUCAUCGUUUGAUAUAUACCCCUUGCUGAAGUUAUUGACAUUAGAUAUUAUAUGUGAAACUUCGAUGGGCGUGAAAAUAAAUGCUCAAACGUACGAUAACUCAGCAUAUGUGCAUUCUGUUAAAAAUAUUUGCUCUUUAAUUUACCAGAAAAUGUACUCUAUUCCUGUAGCAAUUAGCCAUCAUUUAUAUCCUUUAACCAUCAAUUAUUACAAAGAGAAAAUUGUAUUGAAAACACUUCAUAAUUUCACUGAUCAAGUAAUUGCUAAAAGAUGUGAGGAUUCGCGGUCUGUUAUUAAGGACAAAAUAGAUGAAAACGGAAUAAAAAAGAAAGUAGCGUUUUUAGAUUUAUUACUCAGCGCCAACUCCAAUGACCAGUAUCUUUCAAGAAAGGAUAUAAGAGAAGAAGUUGAUACUUUUAUGUUCGCGGGCAUGGAUACCUUAUCGUCAGCCAUUUCGUUUACUCUUUACGCUUUAGCUAAUAACUAUCAGGUUCAGGAAAAAGCUUUAUACGAACAAAAAAACAUGUUCAGUGAUUUAAAAAGUGCAAAACCAACUAUGACGAAUCUAGCUGAAAUGAAAUAUUUGGAAAUGGUAAUAAAAGAAACGCUAAGAUUGUAUUGUCCAAUCCCGAUGUUUGGCAGAAUCGUAGAUGAGGAAUUUAAAUGGAACAAUAUCGUAUUCCCUAAGGGACAGGAAAUAACCAUAUUUCCAUUUAUAUGUCAUCGAAAUCCAGCAUAUUUCCCAGAACCACUUAAAUUUAUACCCGAGAGAUUUGAAACAAUGUCCGGGAAACAUCCCUAUAUGUAUAUACCUUUUAGCGCUGGACCAAGAAAUUGCAUAGGUCAAAAGUUUGCCAUGUUAGAAUUAAAAAGUGUGGUGUCAAAAAUUUUACGCCAUUAUGAACUCUUACCAGCUGCCAAUUUUUCAAUGAAGCUUGCUCCACAAAUAACCUUAACAUCAAAAUCUGGUGUAUUUUUGUCAAUUAAAGAACGAACUUAAAAUUUAAA